GCGACGCAUCGCAUCAUCGCAUCGCCGUGGUCGGCAACUUCAGACGAACGAAUUCGCGUCCUUUGACACGCUUAACCGCGUAUUGAAACCGAUUCCGCCACUGUUUCUUCGCUGACAUUUUCAGUCGUUGUGACCAUGCCAAGUGUUUCGAGAAAAUUGCGCAAAUUGUGUCGCAGACGAUACGCGCGCACUUAGUAAAUUAAGGAAUCGAAAAUUGGCGACUUGUUCGUCUGGACAGUGAACUCUCCGAAAGAAGCGAUUUACUGUGCAGUGAGACCUCCUCGUCAGAUAUAUUUGCUUUAUUGAUAUUUUGAGUGUCACAGGCCUAUGCAUAUCUCCAGAAUUUGGACCGUGUUUUAGAAUAUAUUAAAAAUAAACUGCUUGUUACAUUUAAUUGGUUUAUCAAGUAACCACCAUGUCAGAAAUAGUAUAUCCAGCAGGGUGUAGAUCGGUUAGUGAAGAUUUAGGUCCAGAUGAAUUAAUCAGAAGACUCAAGACACUAGCGCACACGCUACAAGCUAUGGGACAAGAUGAAGGAAUGUACCAACAAUAUAUUCCACUUGCACUACAUUUGGCAGAAGAGCACUUUCUGAUGCAUCAGAGUAAAGAUGUACAACUAUUAAUUGCUUGCUGCAUUGCAGAUGUUUUAAGAGUUUAUGCACCAGAGGCUCCUUAUAAAGAUGCUGAUCAGGUCAAGACAAUAUUCUUAUUUCUUAUUAAGCAACUGGCAGGUUUAAAAGAUCCUAAAGAUCCUGCUUUUAAGAGGUAUUUCUACCUACUUGAGAAUUUAGCUUAUGUCAAAUCAUUUAAUAUGUGCUUUGAGUUAGAGGAUUGCCAAGAGAUUUUUUGUGCAUUAUUUUCUCUCAUGUUCAAAAUUGUAAACGAUGAACAUUCUGGCAAAGUUAAAAGCUUUAUGCUGGAUGUUUUAUGCCCACUGAUUACCGAAUCGGAUAUUGUCAGCAACGAACUUCUGGAUAUUAUACUCAUGAAUAUUGUAGAGCCAAACAAAACACAGAAAAAGAAUGCGUAUUUGCUUGCUAAAGAGCUGGUGAUUAAAUGUAGCGAUACAUUAGAACCAUACAUUCAAGCAUUCUUCAAUCAUGUCUUGAUACUGGGCAAGGAGGAGAAGAGUUUGCAGAUUUGCAAGAAGGUGUAUGAUCUGAUUUACGAAUUGAAUCACAUAUGUCCGAGUGUCUUGCUGUCCGUCCUUCCACAAUUAGAGUGCAAAUUGAAAUCCUCCUCCGAGACUGAAAGAUUGGGUGCUGUGGCAUUGUUAGCGAGAAUGUUCUCUGAAAAGGGUUCGCAAUUGGCUGUACAGCAUACACAGUUAUGGAGAGCAUUUCUAGGACGAUUUAAUGAUAUUAGUGUAUCCAUUCGUAUUAAAUGUGUGCAGUAUUCAAUGCAUUUCUUGCUAAAUCAUCCGGAAUUGAGGAAGGAUAUUACAGAUACUUUGAAGUUAAGGCAACACGACGCUGAUGAAAGUGUCCGUUAUGAAGUCGUAAUGGCUAUUGUAACAACUGCCAGACGAGACUUCGAAGUUGUGUCGGAUAGUGAGGAUUUGCUUGAAUUUGUCAAAGAAAGAACAUUGGACAAAAAAUUUAAAAUACGAAAAGAGGCGAUGUCUGGAUUAGCUAUGAUAUACAAGAAACAUUUGAAUGAUGCAGAUGUGCCACAGGCAACAAAGAAAGCAGUUAUAUGGAUAAAAGAUAAAAUAUUGCAUGGUUAUUAUAUGGCAGGCAUGGAAGAUAGAUUGUUAGUGGAGAGACUAUUAAAUACAUGCUUAGUACCUUAUCAACUACCUGCUGAGGAAAGAAUGAAAAAAUUGUACCAUCUCCUAGGUACAAUUGAUGAUUAUGCUUCCAAAGCUUUCGUGGAACUUCAGAAGCAUCAGCUUGCUGUGCGAAGAGCAGUAGUUGAGUGGAUAGAUCUCGUGAAGAAAACAGAUGCUAAAAACGAAUUAGUGACGAAGAUUCAUCAGAUAUCCCGCUUUUUGCCAGAUCCUAUGAAAGUGCAAGAGUUUCUUCAAAAAUUUAGCGGUCACAUGAAGAAGGAUGCUAGGUUAUUGCAGGAAAUGGAGAUAAUCGUACAACCAAAUGUUUCCUGUAAGGAAUGUGCUGAAACGAUAACUAAAGUCCUCAAAAAAUUAGGACAGCCUGUAAUGACUAAUUUAUAUUACAACACGAUUAAGAUGCUACUUGAAAGAGUAAGCUCUGUUAUGAUUGAUGAAGAGGCAAUUAGGGUUUUGAUAGGAUACGUCUUAGAUUGUUUGAAGGGAGGUAACGUGAUAGAAGAGGUCGGCCUUAACCCAAAUAAUGCCGGCGAGAAAGGAUUGAGAUUAUUAGUAAUGCUGUCGUUUGUAUUUGGCUCGCAUUUCCUGCAUAACGAUAUUUUAAUGCAACUGGUCAAUUUGCUCGAAUUAGAGGACGAAAUGGUAGCACCAUUAGUUCUCUCCAUCUUCACGUUUUUGGGAAAAUACAAACCUUUACGCGAUGUAGCACCAGAUAUCAUGAAUCUUAUGGUACCGAUAUGCAAGAACUUCGCUGAAACGGGAACACCAAAGCAGGCAAAACAGGCCGUGAGAUGUUUAUUCGUUAACAUGACUAACAUUCACGAUACGAUCUUCCCCGAAAUUAUUGAGAGAAUUAAGAACACGCUAACACCGACAUCGGAAUAUUAUCGAACGUCUAUAGUUACGUUAGGUCAUAUAGCAUAUAAUUUGCCGGACAAAUAUCAAAUACAAAUAAAAAAUAUGGUUUCCAGAAAAAUAGUUAAAGAAUUACUAGUGAAGGAAAGCAGCGAGCAAACCUCUGAAAUUAUUGAGGGAGACUGGUGUAGAGAGGAUCAAUUACCUGAAGAGACACGAUGCAGAUUGGAAGGCUUGAAGUGCAUGGCACGUUGGCUGUUAGGAUUAAAGAGUGACGUGUUAUCGGCGCAAAAAACGUUCAGAAUGUUGAAUGCCUUUAUGGUAAACAAAGGAGAUCUGCUGUCGCAGGGACGACUGAGCAAAGCUGAAAUGAGUUGGUUACGAUUGCAAGCGGGUUGUUCAAUGUUGAAAAUAUGCGAGCAGAAGGGCGUCGGAGAUCAAUUUACCGCAGAACAGUUUUAUAAUCUUUCACAACUCAUGGUGGAUGAAGUUCCUCAAGUCAGAGAAGCCUUUGGUAAUAAAUUGCACAAAGGUCUUGUAAGAGGAAUUCCAAAUAAAUGUUUGCCACUGGAUUUUAUGGGAUAUUACGCACUAGCCGGCAAAGAACAAGACAAAAGGUUAAAAUGUUUAUUGAAAACAUAUAUGCAAACAGACAUAAAUAAAAGGAGGGAUUAUGUGAAGACACUUUCUUUGGGUACUGUCGAGCGAGCUAUGGGUCAAUUACCCCAUAUUUUGCCAGAUUACAUGUUGGUUUUUGCGGUAGCUAUUCUCGCGCAUGAUCCCGAAUUUACGAGCCACAUAAUGGUCAGCCAGUUAAAAAUUAUUCAACAGUGUCUCUGGUUCAUUUUGGAACCCCUCAUCACAAAGAACGAAUAUUAUUGUUACGGAUUUUACAAAAAUCUUGUGGAACGUAUGAAAAGUCAUAAGGACGCGCUUAACCCUGAGAACAAUGCAAUGAAUUAUAAAUUAUGGGCCGUUUGUGAUUUGGCAAUGAAUGUAAUAUACACAAAGACUACUAAUUUCGAUAUGAAAGAGUUUCCAAGUGAGACACGAAUACCCACAAUGUACUUUAAACGAGUUGACGAUAUGGUGGCUAAUACUAAAAAUUAUUUACCCGCGGAAUUGCAAGUGAAUAUGACGAAUCCAAAAGGAAAAGGAUCAUUCCACAGUACACAUACACUCAAUGAGAAACCACAGCGCAGAACUAAAUCUAAACAACAAAAGGAAGUGGGCAUUGGACCUAAUGAAACAGAUGCAAGGCUGCAAAUUGGAGAAAUGGAAUGUAUCGAUGCACAGCCUGCCGAAGCAUCAGAGACCAGGAUUCAAUUACCUGGCUUGGAAGAGGAAAUUGAAGAACCACCGGCAAAGAGGGCAUUAAGGGAAUCGGAUAAAGUAAAUAAAUAAUUCAGUGAUUGGACUAUACCCGGGGAACAUUGGGAUGGGGAAAGACUUAAAGAGUAUGUGAGGAUAAGAAAAAAAAUUAAAGGAUCUAAAAAAUACUUUAUAAAUUAGAAAACAGAAUAUUUUGGUUAUGUAUAACGAUUAAUAAACCUAAGUCGUUCGUGUAUCUUUAGAAUGUAAGAUAUUAAGAUUAUGACACAUUAAUGUCAGGCUUACAAUGCAGAAAUCUCUUUGGACUUGCAACUUGUGAGUAAAGAAAAAAAAAGAAGUGGAACAAAAAUAUUAUCAAUUUUUCACAGGUAAAUACGAAUUCGUAAAAUUGUUUCAUAUUGAUAACAAAAAACUGAAUUAUAUAUUCAUAUUUCUCCUUAAUUUUACGAAUUACAAAAUUUGAGAACUAUGUGAACAUGAGAAAUUUUUAUAAAUUAUAAUGUAUUUUUUUAAUUACUGUAUUUCUUGGAUUGGAUGCUCUUUCUUUUUUCGCAUUUGGUUGUUUACUUGAUAUGCAUUCACUUUUACAUUAGGAGAUAAAGAUUGUUUUUUGUUUCUUUUUACUUUGCAAACAUCUAAUUACGACAUUGUUUUGCUUGAAAAAUAGUAUUCUGUUUAAACAGCAAGUAUAUAUAUAAACAAUAUUGUCAACAUUAAUAAACGAUUUAAGCACAUACAACUCCAUUUUCUGCAAAAGAAAUAUAUCCAGAUAUAUUAAAUAUAUCGUCACUUUAACAACAAAAGAAAACACUAUAGUUUUGUUGCAUAAACAUAUAUUAAAUAAGAAGUUGUGUGUUUAUUGGCUUUGUGAUCCAAAGUUGUUGGUUUUUAACAAAUACGAUUAUCGCCACAUUUUAGUCGCGAUUAUUAUAAUUGAUACACAUUAAGUAUGACCUACAUGUGUAAUAAUGAAAAAAGGAAUAUUGCGAAAACUUGUGCGAAAACCUUCAACUUUUGUAUUUAUAAAUAAACAUAAAAUUAAAAU